UUCAAAACAAUGGCCGACAGGAGAGCCAGCGUUGUAACUCUUGUAGUCGUUUUAAAUGUUUAACUAGUAACAUUUACUGUGUGUAUGUAAGAGACUCUUAUUGUGAUGUUUAGCGAUUUAAUAAGUGUGUUUUAUAAGAGAGAAGCCAGCUGCUUAGUCCGCUUUUAGCUGCCAAAAUGAGCGAUGUUGUGGAGAAGACGCUGACAGCUCUGCCGAGCCUCCUCUCUUUAGACUCUCACCCUGGGUCUGCAAAACUGUCCUCUACUUCAAAGCUAGGAAAUCUCAUCAGAGGAAUCACUGAGCUAACGUCUAAACAUGAGGAAGAAAAACUUAUUCAUCAUGAGCUUUUGGGGAUCAAAGAACAAGUGUCCUCUCCCAACACCACCAUGAGGCAGAUGAAGGAGCUCAUGGUGCGAUCGAUCUACUGUGAAAUGUUGGGCUACGAGGCUUCCUUCAGCUAUAUUCAUGCCAUUAAACUAGCUCAGCAAGGCACUGUUCUGGAAAAGAGAGUCGGUUACCUCGCUGUGUCCUUAUUUCUGAAUGAAAGUCACGAGCUUCUGCUCCUCUUGGUAAACACUGUGUUAAAGGAUCUUCAGAGUACAAAUCUUAUUGAAGUGUGCAUGGCUCUGACUGUUGUCAGCCAGAUGUUCCCCAAAGAUAUGAUCCCUGCAAUCCUUCCUCUAGUGGAGGAAAAACUAAAUCACCCAAAAGAAAUCAUUAGAAGGAAAGCAGUCCUGGCGCUGUACAAGUUCUACCUAAUAGCACCAAAUCAAGUUCAGCACAUCCACAACAAGUUUCGCAAAGCUCUUUGUGACAAAGAUCCUGGUGUGAUGACAGCCUCACUACACAUCUACCUGCAGAUGAUCCAGGAGAACCCAGAAGCUUACAAGGACCUGACGCCAAGUUUUGUCACCAUAUUGAAGCAGGUGGUGGGAGGAAAGCUGCCCAUGGAUUUUAAUUAUCACACUGUUCCUGCUCCAUGGCUUCAAAUUCAGCUGCUCAGAAUACUCUCCUUACUUGGGAAAAAUGAUCAGAGUACAAGUGAGGUCAUGUAUGAAGUCCUUGAUGAGUCUUUACAAAGAGCAGAGAUGAACCAUAACAUCACUUAUGCUAUUUUAUAUGAGUGUGUAAAAUGUAUUUACACAAUUCAUCCAAAGUCCGACCUUUUGGAAAAAGCUGCAAAGUGCAUUGGAAACUUUGUUUUGUCCCCCAAAAUAAAUCUAAAAUAUCUAGGCCUGAAGGCCCUCACCUACGUUGUCCAGCAGGAUCCUAAACUGGCCUUGCAGCAUCAGAUGACCAUCAUAGAGUGUCUUGAUCACCCUGACCUCAUUAUUAAGCGUGAGACGCUGGAGUUGCUCUUUCGCAUCACUAAUGCCCAGAAUGUUACAGUCAUUGUUGAGAAGAUGCUGGAGUUUCUGUGUAUCAGUGAAGAUGAUCACACUACCAUUGACCUGGUGGGAAAGGUGGCAGAACUGGCGGAAAAAUAUGCACCAGAUAAUGAGUGGUUCAUAGAAACGAUGAACACUGUGUUUUCUCUUGGUGGAGACAUGAUGCAGCCUGACAUCCCUAACAGUUUUCUCAAACUGCUGUCUGAGGGCUUUGACAGUGUGGAGGAAGACAGGAAGUUGAGGCUGUUUGCUGUGAAUUCGUACAUUCCUCUGCUGCGGGGAGAGCCUGGCAAACUGCCACAGCGCUUCCUCCAAGUCAUCAGCUGGGUGCUUGGGGAAUACUCUCAUUUGAGGGAGGAUCUUGAACCUGCUGAAGUCCUGAGCCUGCUAGCCAAACUUUUGGACAUGAAAAACAGCAGUAGUGAAACCAAGAGCUGGGUCCUCAUGGCCAUGACCAAACUCUGCAAAGGUGGCGCUGAUGCUUCUGUAACUCAGGAGGUUUCUGAGACAUACAGCAGCUCCCUGGAUACAGUGCUGAGACAAAGGGCGCAUGAGUUGCAGUACCUCAGCCAAGACCCUGAACUAAGAGCCAGGGUGUUGCCACGAGGUGCCAAACCAGAGACUCUGGAGGUGGAUUCCUCGCUGUCAUUUCUUGACAGAUUUGUGUCAGAGGCGUUGGCUGCCGGCGCUGCUCCAUACAAACCUCCCCACCAACGGCAGGAGGAACUAGAUCAGUCAAAAGCCUUGAGCCUGGAGCCCUAUGGCCUUUCUCUGCCUAUCAGCAUGUCCUCCUGCAGCAUCACUGACAGACAGUCUCCUACACUGUUGUCCAUGAGCUCGGGUCUGUCAGGGGAUAGCGCUGACCUCUCACACAAAGGAGGCUCUUCAGCUUUGAAGCUGGAUGGCAUAAAGAGGGUGUGGGGAAGGGAGGGCUAUCUGGCCCAGAGAGAACCUGUAGAGGAAGCUGCACAGAUUGAGAUUCCCAGUCCCAUUCAGUCUCCCGGCCGGCAGGGCGAAGGCGACAGUUUGCACAGCCAAACUCCAACUCAGACACCGACCCCAGAGCCUGAACAAGAGAAACAGCAGCUGGCCUCUUCGCUGUUUGUUGGCCUGGCUUCCCAAAGCUCUGUGUCUCUGAUGGGAAAAUCUGAGCCAACACCACAGCGAUUCCGAAGAAAAGCCAAAGGUCAAGGUCUGGGCUCGUCCUGUAAUGCAAACGAGCAAAUAUCCAGCUCCCUCAUCUCUCCUCCCAGUGCUGUAGAUAACCUGCUGUGUAACAACCUACUAGACUCCAACGCCUCAGAGCUGGCCGAACAGACAUCUCAGCUCUCUCAGAGCCUCACUACUGCUAAUGGCACCUGUCACGCAGAGGCAGAGUUAACUGAACCUGACACAAAGGGAUGUAACCCUGCUCUCCGCAGGGAUAACUGUGUGGUAGCUGCUGAUCCUGGUCCACAUAACGACCCAGGCAGACUAACAGAAGUGUGUCUGGAUUCUUAUCUUCCUGCGGAGCUUUCUGGCCUUUCACACUCAGAAAUCGCUCCUUUGUGUGCCAACCAAAGCCUGAAUCUCUCAGCCUGUCAUGUGCAGAAGGAAGAUUCAUUAAUAUUAGUUGUUUUUAUUAUGAACUCCUCCGAGUCUGCCAUACAACAGAUGCUGCUUCAGGUCGACUCGGAAGAACUUGAGGUAUCCUCCCUAUGUGAUAGUCCAGCGGGGGAGGUGACAAGCCACAGUGUAGCAGUGGGCCAGUAUUCUCUAACUGUGAAGAGGCCUGCGGUUCACGUCGAGGUGGUCGGGACGGUAUCUUACCAGCUGCCUGCUGGGACGUCUCAGUCAUUGCAGUUUUUAUAUAAAGUCCCUUUAACCAGCUUCAUCAGGCCUUUUGUGGUGUCCACGGAGGAAUACGGGACGAUGUGGCUUUCCUUCUCUCACGACACAAAGCAGAAUCUGACGUUGAUAAAUGACAACCAAGAACCUCUCACAGCCACUCUGAAUGCUCUGAAGAAGAAGCUCCAGCUUCAUGUUGUGGAAGUUAUAGGCAUGGAAGGAAUCGUAGCUUGCCGUCUCCUUCAGGAUCUGCCGUGUCUGAUGCAUUGCCGGGUGAAUGCCGGCUGGCUGGCUGUCUGGCUGCGGUCGCCGGUGCCCGACCUGCCUGACUGCCUGAUCUACCACUGCCAGAGAGCUUUACAGAGCCUCUGAGACUCAGAGCUGCAGCACCAUCACCACUGAAAUCACUGAGGAACUAAACCCACCAGACCCUAACUGAAGAGGAAGGUACACAGAGCUGAAGUGCUGAACAGAAAAGGAGAAACCUGCUGUUGUGGCUUUUGAUCUUUAUUUUGCGGUCUUCAUGAAUUUCACUCAAAGUUAUUUAGUAAGAUUUGGUUUUAUUUAUUUGGCAGAAUUAUAACUCAUUGAAAGACAUGGCAGGUUAAAAGCUCAGGGUCAAAUGAUGGUGUUUAAUCAUCUGUGGGUGUUUCAUUAUUGCCUUUUAGUCGUGAAAGAGCUCCAUAAUCACUAAACGAUUGAAGCCUUCUUUCCUGGUUAAAUUCUGAUGGUAUGCUUUGUAUAACAGAAAAUUAUCAAAGUGUAAAAUAAUGAAGUUCUCAGUUGUUUCUUUUUCCUGUAGACCAGAGAGAAGAUAUAUAUUUUUUGUGAUCUGAAAUACAUUUUCUAGGCUACAACAAUCAUAACAGUGGAGCGAGUAAGUCCACAGUCACUUGUCCCUCUUCCACUUUCACAUUUACAACAGAUGCAUUGAAGAAAAGAUAGUGUAACAAAUUCAGUGUAUGAAUAAACACAGACAAAUCAGAAGGAUUACAUGACGACCACGGCAGAGAAACUGAAGGAUCAUGUCAUCACUAAGCUACUUUCUAUUAGUUCGUUAGCCAAGCAUGGUUGCUAAAUAUGCAGCACCAACCAAAAAUGGCCCCUUGAGGCUGACUCCCAAAUCAAAUCAAUCCCACAUUAAAAUGACCAACUUUACAAAAAUGCAUACUUUUUGUCUUCAUAACAACUAUAUGCUGUUUUCUUGGGCUUGGGUCCUUUGAUUGGCAGACGUGUUUACACAGGAAGCUUCAGCCAAUAGUAGCCUGCUAGGACUUUACUAAAUUAAAGAACUGAAGUGGACCUCAGUUCAACCAUCCAACCUUUGAUCUAAUUAUCAUUGCUUCUCUCUCCAAAAAACCAGCACGUGGCUGAUAAAAUGCAAACGUUGCGGCUUCAAAAUUAGCAGCACCACUAUAUACAUUCUACACCUUUAACAUAUUAGCCCUAUUGAGCUGUGAUGGCUAAUGCCCAGUAAAAGCAUGCUAGCUUUAAUAUUUAAAGACGCUUAAUGGAGAUUAUUUCUACUUAAUCCAAUCAUGAUCUAGCGAUAAAUCUCAUGGUAAAAUCAGCCCAACCACCUUUUCCUGCUUACAACUGAACCUCGGAUUUACAGAAUUGCUACACUUUUAAUUUUUUUUGACUUUCACCAUAAUAACAUCAGGCUGAAAUGCAAAUAAAACUGAAGAAAGAUGCUCUCUUGUUCACUUUUUACAGACUUGUCUCAUGAGAUGCUAAACAGAAGUGCAGUGUUUGAUUAUUUUCCAAAAAUCAGCAGCUUGUCCUCUGAUUUUGAUUUAGUCUCUUGAAUGGAUGAGCGCACAGUAUAUUUGCACUAGUUCAUUUUAUUUGCAGCUGUUUUGCUCCUUUAUGGGAAAAGCACAGGACGAUACUGACAACGACUCCACGUGGAGCUUAAUAAGAAAUUGAAGCAUUUGAUCAGUCAUGUUUGGCAUAUUCAUGGUUGUCUUCCAAUGAAAUUUAAAGUGUAAAAUAUCCAGUUGGCCUGCUCGCGGCUGACGUGAACUUCCCCUUUUUUCUUUCUGACACGUACAGUGAGAGCGCUCUGUCUUGGACGGUAUGGAGUGAUUAUUUAAGCACUCAUGUUUCUCAUUAGGUGGUUGUUAUAUUUUUGUAUGACUGCAGUAUUAAAAGAACAUAUUUAUGAGUUUAUAUUCUUAUAAAAUGUUUACAUGCAUUUCACUGAAAGAAAGGGAACCAUUGUUCUUCAUGUGCUGUUUGACUGGUCUGUGCCAGAUUACACUUGUAUGUUUCUUUCACAUGUUUUGGCUUGUUUUAAGUAAUUCAGCCUGAAGGGAAAGUUUGCUUUCUGCGUUUCUUCUAUGCCUGUGUGCUGGUUUGAAGCACAGUGUGAUGCUAACAGUGUCUCUAAUACUCAGUUUUAACCCUACGCCUUAUGUUUUAAUGCCAGUACGGCAUGUUUGAUUUGUGCCUGUGGUACAGAGGAAAAAAAACAUCCUUGUAUCUUGGAGUGCCUGUCACUACAUUCAGUUAACUUAUGAAUAAAUUCAACAUGUGAAAAUGA